AAAGGACAGUUCUCUCACAUCUGUCAAAAAAACAAUCAAAGUACAGUUCAGUAGAGAUAGAGAGAGAGGAGCCCCGCCACCGCUCACCGCCCACAGCGCUACACGCGGCACGCCUUCCGUCGCCGCACGCCGGAAACCACCGGAUUGAUAAUAAUAAAACAUAAUUUGAGACUCUUGACACAGUGACAUAUGCUGGGUUAUAAUAUCUGGCAGUAGAAGAACAUGUCCCUGCUGUUGUUGCUUCUGAAAAUCCAUGACCCACUUCAUACAGUAUCAUUGUACCUUCAAAGACAAUACUAUUUCAUUGAUUCCAAACCAGAUAAGCAGUGACAGAACAUACAAAAAAAUUCAACAUAGCUGAAAGUUGAAGGCCAUUCAACUUUGUCAAUCACCUUGCUCAUAUCAAGCUUAAAGCCAUUUGCCCAUUUCCUCCUUUUUUUUUUCCUCAUACUCAUCAAAUGAAGUGUCUCAAACGCGAACAUUAUCAGUUAUAAGCCAUCCUGGAACGAAAGCACUCUGUGAGUCUGAAAUAAUCCAAGGGUAUUCUUAUUAUUAAUUUUAAAAUGAAGAAGAUGAUAGCCCUAGGCUUUGAGGGUUCAGCCAACAAGAUUGGUGUUGGGGUUGUAACUUUAGAUGGCACCAUUCUAUCAAAUCCACGUCAUACCUACAUUACCCCUCCUGGCCAAGGAUUCCUUCCCCGAGAAACUGCUCAACACCAUCUCCAACACAUUCUUCCAUUGAUCAAAUCUGCUUUGAAGACUGCCCAAAUAACCCCAGAUGAAAUAGAUUGCCUAUGUUACACCAAGGGCCCUGGCAUGGGAGCACCACUACAAGUUGCUGCUGUUGUUGUUCGGAUUCUUUCACAGCUGUGGAAGAAGCCCAUUGUUGCAGUUAACCACUGUGUGGCACAUAUUGAGAUGGGGAGGAUUGUGACUGGGGCAGAUGAUCCUGUUGUAUUGUAUGUUAGUGGUGGGAAUACACAGGUAAUAGCAUAUAGUGAAGGGCGGUACCAGAUUUUUGGGGAGACCAUUGAUAUUGCAGUUGGAAAUUGCUUGGAUCGAUUUGCUAGGGUGUUAACACUCUCCAAUGAUCCAAACCCUGGAUAUAACAUUGAGCAGCUUGCAAAGAAAGGAGAACAAUUUAUAGACCUUCCUUAUGUUGUAAAAGGGAUGGAUGUAUCUUUUAGUGGAAUAUUGAGCUAUAUUGAAGCCACUGCUGUGGAGAAGCUAAAAAAUAAUGAGUGCACCCCUGCAGACUUGUGUUACUCCUUGCAGGAAACUGUGUUUGCCAUGCUUGUGGAGAUUACAGAACGGGCAAUGGCACACUGUGACACGAAAGAUGUUCUUAUUGUUGGUGGUGUUGGUUGCAAUGAGCGUUUGCAGGAGAUGAUGAGAACAAUGUGCUCAGAGCGUGGUGGAAAGUUGUUUGCUACUGAUGACAGGUAUUGCAUUGAUAACGGAGCAAUGAUUGCAUACACUGGUCUCCUUGCUUAUGCUCAUGGCACGGUAACUCCACUGGAGGAAUCGACUUUCACCCAGCGGUUCCGUACUGAUGAAGUACAUGCAAUCUGGAGACAGAAAAAGGAGCCUUCUAACAUGAAUGGCCUCAUGCAGGAAAGUAGCUAAAUCUAGAAGAUCUAGUGGUAUGGUCUUUCUAAUGCUUGCGAGAAUUAAGAUCAAUAAUGAAUUCCUUAUUUAAAUAUUAGUAUGAAAAUGUUACAAUAUUCAAAGGAGAAACUGACUUAGCUAUGCUGCCAUGGAAUUUAAAAUAGUAUUUGGUACCAAUCAAGAAACAUACAUUCACGAAUUGUACUAAAUGUAUUACUUAUUGAGUAGCUAUAUGUUAGUUUACAGUUAUUGUAUGGGUUAUUCUGAGGACAUUUUGCUGUGGGCUGGUACACACAAAUUUUGAUUGGAUAUAUUUUACCAGUGAUUAUGGUUAUAGGGCUUGGAAUUUGGUUCCUAACCUUUCAGGAUGGAGCUAUUUGACUAA